AUGGCAGCAAUCCACAUAAAACUUGUUCUCGAUCCUCAUCAUUUGCCAACUACAUGGCAGGCAAUCCGGAGGCUUCUUUUGCGUCUUUCCAAGAAUUCUUUGCUCCAUGUUGUUCUCCUUUGGCUCAGCGACCCUCAGUGUGCUCUCCAGACAAAAUCAGCACACUCGACUCAAACAUACCAUUCUGAGCAAAAACACUCUUUUCCGUCCGAUUCAGCCAAUUCUGCUGAUGCUGUUGCCUCUAUUUACCGGGAAUGGGCUGAAUCAGGCUCUGUUUCACGCAGAGAUGUCGUAGAACGCGUCCUCGAGGUCGACUGGCCAAAUGGUCUUAAUGCAAAACAGAUUGCAAUGCUUGAUCUCCAGUGUCUAUCUAUACGACCACCCAACUGCACUCCACUGGACUGCCUGCCGUGUCGACCCACACACUGCACUUGUUGA